AUGUUUAAGAGUAUAAAGUUUUUCCUCAAAUCGGUUAUCUUUGGUUCGCUUAUUGCCGGAUGUGGUCUUUACGGAGUCAUCGCCUCCAUCGCAUUGAGAAUCGUGGGUAAGAAGGAGUAUGCUCAAUGGACUGUUGGUAGAGCCUUCUAUAACUCUUUCUCUACCGUGUUGGGCAUCAAGAUCACCGUCAAGAACGAAGAAAGAUUGCACGGACUCCCAGCAGUUAUCAUCUCUAACCAUCAAUCCGCCUUGGAUAUCUUGGUAUUGGGUAGAGUUUUCCAACCUGGUUACACCGUCACUGCCAAAAAGGUGCUUAAAUACUUCCCAAUCCUUGGAUGGUUUAUGCUUGCUUCUGGAACUUUUUUCCUUGAUCGUUCAAAGGGUGAAAAGGCAAGAAAAGUCUUGGAAAAUGCCUUGAAAGAUUUGAAGUCUGAGAAGAGAGGUCUUUACAUUUUUCCCGAGGGAACUAGAUCCGCUUCCACAACUUUGGAAUUGUUGCCAUUCAAAAAGGGUGCCUUCCACUUGGCAAAGCAAGCUGGUAUUCCAAUCAUCCCCGUUGUAGUCAGUAACACAUCCACUAUCUUUAACGCCAAGUCUAAAACAUUCAACUGCGGUGAAAUAGUAGUUGAAGUCUUGGAACCAAUGCCAACUACCGGAUUGGAAACUAAUGAAGAUGUCACCAAGUUCACGAAUGAAAUAAGAGACAAGAUGGCUGAAUCCUACAAGAAAUUAGGGUUCUCGACUGUACGUGGCGAAGAGGUCGCCGCCCAAGUGGAAGAUGAAGUGGAGUCUACUGAUAUCAACACCGAUAGUGACGUAGAGGUACAUACUGAAGUUACUCCGUUAGUCUCCAAGGAUUAA